UGUGUAUAGCAGUGUCUGAUAUUCUGUCGCUGAGGACUGUGUGUGUGUGUGUGUGUUAACUCUGAGAAGCCCAAUGACGCUGUAAAUUUUUGCUCAUCCAGGAACAGGAGUCCUCCAGCAGCAUCCCGUAAGCAGGACAGAUGAGCAGUAUGUCAGCCCAUCCCAGCAGCUGAGCUUCACUGUGGGAUACGCAACUUAAAUAGAGAUUGAAGAUGUCCUCCACUCCGCUGGCCGAGGCAGAAGAGGAUGUGUUUGAUCUGACGGAGGCGGUUCCUGAGACCGAACGGCUUGACAGCAGCCUACAGAAAGCCAAAGCACAACUGUCAAUCAAAACCAGGAGACAUCGGCCUUCCCGAACCCGCCUAAGGGACAGUGUGAGCUCCAUAGAUGGAGAUGACGGCAUUGACAGAAUGAGUUAUGGCUCUUCCCCGGUCCACCCAUCCUUCCACUGUUCCUCCCCCUCCUCCGACCUGCUCCUGUCCUCCCCUUCCUCACGGAGAGACCAAGCUUUCACCUUUGAGCCCUGCACUGUGGUUGGAGAACGGGAGGUACAAGAUGAAAAAAGGAGCUACAGACACCUCCUGAAUACCUCCUCCCAAGAGACCCUGCCACUCAGCCCAUUGAAAUCCCCCUCCAGAUCCUGCGCCCAUUCAGAGACAUCUUCUCCAGCCCAUCUUUGCCAAACAGACCGCCUCAAGUCUCGUGAAGGAAGCCAACCUCUACUACACUAUGGAGAAUACUCACAGAGUGAAGAUGACAGUCAUGAUACAGGCCCAGAUGAACCGGAUAGUCCAACAGUGCUGCUGGACAAAAAAACAAGGAGACGGUUUCUUGAUCUGGGGGUCACUUUACGUCGCACAUAUGGAAAGGUCAGAAAAGACAGAUCAAACAGACUAUCAGCAGGAAAUCGGGAUUCGGAAAGAACUGAGAACCGGUCCUCCCGUUCAUCCGGCCCACCGUUUGUGCCUUUCUCUUGGUUCAGUGAGAGAUUAAGAGGCUCUGGCUCCCCCAAGAACAUUCAGUCCCCAUCAAAGCCUUUCACACAGGGCUCUAGCACUGAUGAGGACUUUGAUUCUUCAGUGGGUUUACUGGAAGACUGCAGACCCUGCAAGACUGAGUCAUCACAACCUUAUCAGACCCUCCCUGAGCAUUCAGAUGGGAAUGAUUGUGACAGCAUUCGGGGCACAGAUUUCAGUUUUAAAAAGAAGGUGCUAUCUGCAGCUGGUAAAGAUAGGACAGAGAGACAAAAUGGCGUUCAUGGAAAACGGGACAGCGGGAAAAAUGGACACAGUGAAGAUGGACAAAAAUUACUGACCACUUGAUGGCAUUUCAGAAAGACUGAAUAUACAAUAUGCUGCAGGUGCCAUUAUUACUGUCUAAUGUUGCA